CGCCGGGGGCAGCAGGCUGUGAGCAGGAAGUGUCCCAGCUGCAGGCGGAGACUGCACCAUGGCCCCGGACCCCUGGUUCUCCACAUAUGAUUCUACUUGUCAAAUUGCCCAAGAAAUUGCUGACUAACCCUGACCAUCAGAACUUUGCUGAAGAACCUGAAGGUAAAGAUCGACACUUUGAAGGACUUACUGCUAAGAGCUGUAUCAACACGUCAGAUAACACAACUGGAGGGGGAUCGAAGACAGAACCUGCUGGAUGACCUUGUCACCCGAGAGCGCCUGCUCCUGGCAUCGUUUAAGAAUGAGGGUGCUGAGCCAGAUCUGAUCAGGUCCAGCCUGAUGAGCGAAGAAGCAAAGCGAGGAACUCGCAACCCUUGGCUCUGUGAGGAGCCAGAGGAGACCAGAGGUUUGGGUUUUGACGAGAUCCGGCAACAGCAGCAGAAAAUUAUCCAAGAGCAGGACGCAGGCCUGGAUGCCCUUUCCUCCAUCAUUAGUCGCCAAAAACAAAUGGGCCAGGAAAUCGGGAAUGAACUGGAUGAACAGAAUGAGAUCAUUGACGACCUUGCCAACCUUGUGGAGAACACCGAUGAGAAGCUUCGCACUGAAGCUAGGCGGGUGACCCUGGUGGACAGAAAGUCAACUUCUUGUGGGAUGAUAAUGGUGAUUUUAUUGCUGCUCGUGGCUAUUGUGGUCGUUGCAGUGUGGCCAACCAACUGAUAUCAAUAAAGGGACCACCCGCUGUGACACCUGCCAGUGAUGAAUGAAAGCCCAGCACCCUUUUGGUAUACAACACCUGCUCUCAAUAAAUUUCCCACCACCCCAGG